CUGCAGACGGCGAACGGCAGAGACACUCGUCGCUGGGGCGAGUGAGGAAGCAUGAUCCUUGCGGGCCACCGUCCCGGAAGUGGACCUUAGAGGAAGAGAGUGCUGGGGUUCCUGGGGAGGAUAGAUUUUCGGCAUUCUAGCGACUUUAGGGACGUGGCGACUUUAGGGAUGAGCUGAUGCUUUAGUGGCUUGUCAUGGCCCAGCGGGCAGUGUGGCUCAUAAGCCACGAGCCGGGAACUCCUCUUUGUGGCACCGUCAGAUUCUCCAGACGGUAUCCAACUGUUGAAAAACGAGCCAGAGUCUUCAAUGGAACAAGUUAUGUGCCUAUUCCUGAAGAUGGUCCCUUUCUUAAAGCACUGCUUUUUGAACUUAGAUUAUUGGAUGAUAAUAAGGACUUUGUAGAAAGUCGUGAUAGCUGUUCACACAUCAAUAAAACAUCUGUCUAUGGACUCGUAAUAGGAGGUGGAGAACUCUGGCCAGUUGUUGCUUUUCUGAAGAAUAACAUGAUAUAUGCUUGUGUUCCACUAGUUGAACAAACUUUAUCCCCUCAUCCACCAUUAAUUAGCAUUAGUGGAAUUUCACAAAGCUUUGAACUUCUUUUUGGGAUACAGGAUUUUCUUUUCUUGGGUCAAAAAAAUGACACUGAGUUAAAUACAAAAUUGAACCAACUACCUGAUUUGUUUCUACAAGCUUGUCCAUUUGGAACUUUGUUAGACGCCAACUUACAGAAUUCAUUGGACAGUAUUAAUUUUGCUUCUGUGCCACAUCCACAAAAACAGCCAGCCUGGAGAGUUGGAACAUACAAAGGAAAACCACAAGUUUCUAUUUCUAUCACUGAAAAGGUAAAAUCCAUGCAAUAUGAUAAACAGGAUAUAGCAGAUACAUGGCAAGUUGUUGGAGCUGUCACUUGCAAGUGUGAUUUAGAAGGAAACAUGCCAAAUGUUACCAUCAGCUUGAGUCUCCCCACCAAUGGGUCUCCACUUCAAGAUAUUCUCGUUCAUCCUUGUGUGACUUCUCUUGACUCUGCCAUUCUGACUUCUAGUAGCAUUGAUACAAUGGAUGAUUCUGCAUUUAGUGGACCUUACAAAUUUCCAUUCACUCCUCCUUUAGAGUCAUUCAACUUAUGCUACUAUACUUCACAGGUCCCAGUCCCACCAAUUUUGGGUUUUUAUCAAAUGAAAGAGGAAGAAAUACAAGUAAAAAUAACAGUUAACUUAAAACUUCAUGAAAGUGUGAAAAAUAAUUUUGAAUUCUGUGAAGCUCAUAUACCUUUUUAUAAUAGAGGUCCAAUCACACAUGUGGAAUGCAAAGUUAGUUUUGGCCAACUUGAAGUAUUUCGAGAGAAAAGCUUAUUGGUCUGGAUUAUUGGACAGAAGUUCCCCAAAUCAAUGGAAAUUAGUCUUUCUGGAACUGUAACUUUUGGAGCCAAGAGUCAGGAGAAGCAGCCAUUUGAUGAGAUUUGCAUUGGAGGUACAGCAUAUUUAAAGCUUCACUUUAGGAUCUUAGAUUAUACACUCACUGGUUGUAAUGCAGAUCAGCAUUCAGUUCAAGUUUUUGCAUCAGGAAAACCAAAAAUAAGUACACACCGGAAACUAAUUUCUUCUGACUAUUAUAUCUGGAAUUCUAAAGCUCCUGCACCAGUAACAUAUGGAUCAUUAUUAUUGUAAUUAUUUCAUAUUUAAA